AUGAGUGACCACGGUGAAGAGGCCGAUAAAGAAGCUAAAGAUGCAGAUCCUGUUAUAGACGACUCUAAUGUUGAAUCUGUGCGUGGCGAUCAUCAACAGGAAGAACAACUCGCGGAACAGCAGGAGGAGGAAGACGAUCAGAUACACAUCACUGAUGGACCGUUCACUAUCAGGCCUCUAAUUCACUUGGUACCAAAAGAAUUUGAAUAUACUUCUUUUGAUGCUUUCGAAAAUAAUUUGUAUCUGGGAACGUCCACUGGCGAUAUGCUGCAUUACUUCGAGAUGGAGCAGAAUAAUUACAUGCUGGUCUCACAGACCAAGUUCGAAGUUGAUGUUGAUAAGCGGAUUGACAAGAUGAUAGUACUACCACAGAUUGAAAGAUGCCUAGUACUUUCUGAUGGUUUCUUACAGCUCUUCCUUCUACCAGAGUUUGCACCAGUCCCGAAUGUCGAUCGUUUGGAGGGAAUCAACGAUUUUAAUGUUAUCAAAUUUUCCGACAAAUCCAAACGGUAUCGCAUACACGUUUUUUCUGAUGAUGGGGUAAAAUUGAUGAGUGUGAACUCAAAUGAUCUUACUAUUAUGAAAACGUAUCCGUGUAAACCUGUGGUAAAGGCUUGCAAUCACAAUAGGGUUGUUAUGGCAGCUAAGGGGAACAAUUAUGAGAUAAUUGAUUUGAAGAGCGGAAACGAAAUACCUCUUUUCAGGAUAAGUGAAAUGAGCACUGAUUUACCUCCGGUAAUAAGUUCAUUUAGUCCAAAUGAAUUUCUUGUGACGUGUGGAAGUUCAAGAGAGGAAAACGCCAUGGCUUUAGUUGUUAACCAUGAUGGUGAUAUCACACAGGGAACAAUUGUUCUUGAUAAGUAUCCAGAUGACGUACUUGUUCAACUGCCGUUUGUCAUUGUAAAUUAUGGUACGCUAGGCUUACAUGUGUACAAGAUGGAAAUGAAUACCGAACCUACCAUAGUUCAAAAAAUUUUCUGCAAGAAUAAGAGUAAAAUCUGUAUUGCUAAAACUACUAAUACUUUUUCAUCGUCAUCUUCGGAUGAUAAAUCGGCGACUAUUGAGAAGCUAAGGCUGGUUCCUUUGCUUACUGGAAACUACGAAUUUAGACUAGAACAAGAACGUGUUUACGUGGACAAAAUAUUUAAACAAACCACAUCUUUGGCAGUAUAUGGUACCUCUGGGAUUUUCUUGCUUAAUAGCCAUCCUUUCAUUCUUGAAUUCAAUGACUUUUCUGAGUCGAUGAUUGACAAAAUUGAAGAGCAUAUCGUGAAGGGACAUGGCCACGAAAAGCAUUCUCCAUAUCAAGAACUUGAAAUUACUUACCUCAAAACAAUGUAUCUUCUUCUCCUGACUUUUCACAGCGCGAGUAUCAACAAAGAUAUUGCCAAAAGCUGGUGUGACUAUGCGAUCGAUGUUGAUAUGAGAUUAUUCCUAUAUUUAUGUGAUUUCACUAUUUAUGGUGAUGUUUGGAUACCGAAUGGACUUUUGAAGUUUGUACAAGAAUCUCGAAAGCUUAAACUGAAGAAUAUGUUUCAACAUUUUACGGAAAUCGUGGCGUUUAUGCGACUGCAAUUAAAAACAAGAUACGCGGGGAAAUUAAAAGACAGCAAUAACAUAUUGAAAAGCUUUGAUAUGGUUUUGUUCAAGAAUAAUAUGCGGAAUAAUAUUGAAAUUGAUGUCAAUGAUUAUGAGAUAAGCAGCUUACCGGAAAUUGUGGCAGUACUACAAAAGAAGCCAUCUGAAAACUACCGAACACUUCUUCAGAUACUGAAAAAACUUGGGAGAUUUGAAGACUGUGUGCAGUUACUUAGAGAUCAAAAACAAUUUAGAGAGUUGAGUGAGUUCUUACUGAAAAAUGUUGAAAUUUUAACAGAGGACAGCACCUAUAAAGAACAGGAUCUUGUUCGGGAUAUUGUAACAUUAUUUAAUGACGCAACUGAGUCUAAUGAUGAAGAGCCUAUCUUGAAUAAUGUGCUGUCAUUGAUGAAAAAAGUGCCCAUACCAUUGAAAGAACUAAUCGAAAAGAUAAAAAGCAGUAGCACUAAAGUAUUAAUGCUGGAAAAACUUGGUACAAUUGGUUCCGCUGAAAAGGAAUUUUUAUUAGACUAUUAUGUUGCACAAUUACAGAAAACAAUGGAUGACAAUGGCUUAUGGGAAUUACUUACCAAGUUUACCACCACUUAUUCGCAAAAUAUCGAUUAUAACAAGCCAAACAUAAAGACUUACCUGGAAGUAAAGAUCAGAAACAAUUCACAUUUUACAAGUUUUGUCUCUAUCAGCGAUAAAAUAGACUCAAUUGCAAAAGAGGGUGAAAAAGAGAAAAAUUUAGAGGAGAUAUAUGCUAAAAUCAAAAAGAUUGAUGUGAGUCAUAUUCUAUCCCUUCUUCUUUUUGACCAAAGAGAGGUUCAUCAUUUUUUUGGAGACAAUUUGCUCAAUAUUUUAAUGGCUCUGAAUGAUUUUGAGGGAAUCGAGAAUUUGGUUGAUAAAGAUAACUUGCAAAAGGUCAUGAAUCAUUACCUGGAGUUGACCGCAGAUAUGAACUCUCCAGUGCUCGUACAGAAUCUUUUAAAACAAAAGAUUGGAAUUGUUACUGAUUACAAACAACUGAUCAAGAUUAUAGAGAUGAUUCCUCCUCAUUAUUCAUUUGCCACUUUAUUCGACACGCUGUUCCCAGUCAUACGGAAAAUUGAUGGACGUCGGAAAGACCAGGAAAUCAAAAAAGCAUUACUUCGUCAACAAAUCAAUUUAAAUAACCGCAUUAUCAAAGAUAUCAGUGCAGAGUAG